AUGGAGAUUAACUUGGAUUCUGAUAGUGAAUCUGUGAAGGAGGCAACUAAGUUCCUCCUUAUCGGUAAAAUCAUCUCUGAUAAACCGGUCAAUCGCAAAGGUGCCAUGGGUGUUCUUCGAAGUAUUUGGGGGUUGAAGGAGGGACCGGUUAUCACUGAGCUUGGUAUGCAAAUCUUUGGGUUGGCCUUUCAUUCGAAAGAUCAGAUGGUUCAAGCUAUGCUUGGGAGUCCAUGGACAGUCAUGGGUUUCUGUUUUAUUCUUAAACGGUGGGAGAUUGAAAAAUCGAUUUCUGAGAUUUCCUUUGAUAAAGUUCAGUAUUGGGUUCAAGUCCAUGAUCUGCCCCUGGAAAUGCAGACUGUGGUCAAUCUCAAGAAGAUUGGUGAUUCCAUCGAAAGAGUGAUUACUCUAGAAAAGCCGGAGUGGAUCCAAGGAGCUGGAAGGUGUUAUAUGCGGUUGCGAUUGGAAUUUGAUGUGCAUAAGCCUUUAACUCCUGGCUUCUGGGUUCCUCGCAAAGAUAAGGCGAAACUAUGGGUCAAUUUGAAGUAUGAGAAAUUAGGUGAUUUUUGCUUUGAAUGUGGGAAGUUUGGUCAUAUGGCGAAGAACUGUGGAGAGUUGGUCUCAACUGGAAAUAGAGAUCAUAUGUUUGGGCCAUGGAUGAGAGCAGCUCCGGUGAGAUCAGUUAUGGAAGAUCGUUUGAUAAAUGUUGAGGAGAAAGGAACCUUUGAGCUUCCCUAUUAUGGUCCUGUGCAGGAAAAUGCCGGUAUUCUCACUAGGAAGUGGCCGGAAUCUCAAUCCGGUGGAGUUUCUGAACUUGAUGAAGAUGAAUAUCGUGAAUUCUGUGAACAGGUUAGUAAGUCGAGUAAGGCGGCGCGUGCGAUUUAUGUAGAUAAUCCUCUUGACAAGCGCGUGGAGAUUUCUGGAGAGGCUAGUCAGGCGCGUGAUCAGUUGGACGUUUCUGUUAGUAAAACGCGCUCAGUUGAGCGCGUCACUUUGGAAGGUGGUGUCUCUAGAAUCGAGAAUGCUCAAGUUGUUAGUAGUGGGAUUUCCGUUUCUGCUGAUUUGGAUAAACGAACCAGUAUAGCACACGUGGAUAAUCAGGUGGUUUCUGUUGAUAAGGAACGAGUAUCUGCUGUGAGCCAAGAAGGGUAUAAUCUGAUGCAACCCCUUGUAAGAUCUUCUUCCCUUCCCGCCCUAAACUCUCCUCCUAGCCCUGUUCCUAUUUCCAUUCCAUCUAAUGAAGUAGCUUACAUUGAUAAGAAUUUGGGGAGUGAUAAGGAGAACUUAGAACCUGGGAACUCUAAUGUGAACAACCGUUAUGCUUCUACUUCUAACUAUGAACAAGCUAUUAUCCCUACUGGUAAACCCCCUGGUUCACAAGAAGCUGCUCUGUUAUCUGAUCAACCAGCCGUAUCUGAGGAGAGGGUCGAGUCUGCUGUCUUAUAUCAGGUUGAGAUUGGGCUGUCAAGUUUUUUUAGGAAUUUGAAUCUUAAAAGAAGAUUUAAGGAUGCUAUGUUGCAAGACCAGAUUAAUAGCAAAAAGAUGUGGGUUGAAAGUGAAAGUGGCUUUACUAUGAAGUAUAUCUCUAAUGAAAGAAGUGUGGAUGUAGAGAUGGUUGCAUCUCAGGAUACUGAAGUGAUAUCUAGUGAUAAAACCAAUAGAGUUAUUGUGAGUAGAAGAAUGAGAAACAGAGCUGUAUCUGUUGGUAAUAGAAGACUUAAAGAUGUUCAUGGUGCGGGGCCAACCUUGACAGUCCAAGCUCUUAAGGAGCUAAAUAGGAAGAAUGGUCCCCAGAUUCUCUUUAUCAUGGAAACUAAGAAUAAGAGGAGGUAUAUGGAGAAUCUGAGAAGGAAACUGAAGUUUAGUCAUGGUUUUUAUGUUGAUCCGGAAGGUUUAAGCGGCGUACUAGCUUUAUGGUGGAAUGAUGAAGUAUCUGUUCAUAUUAUUAGAGGCUGUAAAAAUCUAAUUGACUCUACUGUUACUGAUCAGAAGAGUGGUAUUGCUUGUCGCAUUUUUUGGGUAUAUGGGCCUCCAGAGGCAAGUGACAGAGCUCGGUUUUGGCAUUUAGUUCACAGGAGAAUGGAAGAACAGAAUACUCCUUGGUUAUGUGUUGGGGAUUUCAACGACAUUCUAUAUCUCCAUGAGAAGGAAGGCGGAAGUACUAAGGAGUAUUGGAAGAUCAGAAAUUUCAGGGAUAUGAAGAGUUGUAGAAGAGCUCUCUUGAACUGGAGUAAGAAGGCCUUCCUCAAUAAUAAGGAAGUUAUUGAAAGCAUCAAACAGAAAAUUGCAGCUAUCCAGGAUAAAGCAUGUUCUGCAGAAAGUUAUAUGAAGGUAGAAGAGCUUGUAUCCCAACUUCAAGAAGCUUGGAGUAAGGAAGAACAGUAUUGGUAUCAAAGGUCUCGAAUCAAAUGGCUAAAAGAUGGAGAUGCCAACACCAAAUUUUUUCAGCAAACCACCAUUCAGAGGCGUCAGGAUCAAGCACUUUUUCAUGUGCCCAGAGUUGUUACUGAUCAGAUGAACAAUGACCUUACAAGAGAUAUCUCUGAGGAAGAAAUCCGAAUUGCGACUUUCCAACUUGGAGCUACCAAAGCCCCUGGUCCUGACGGCUACAAUGGCACUUUUUACCAUAAGUAUUGGGACAUUGUGAAAGAGGCAUUUUGUGGAGCUGUUACAAGUUUCUUCUCUUCUGGUCAUAUGCUUCAUGAGAUCAACAAUACCAAUAUCAUCCUUAUCCCUAAAACCAAAAAUCCUGAACUAGUAACCCAAUUCAGACCCAUUAGCCUGUGCAACUUUGUCUAUAAAAUCAUCUCCAAAGUGCUAACCAAUAGACUUAAACCCUUUAUGGAUUCUAUCAUUACCCAAGAACAAGGAGCUUUUGUUGGAGAGAGACAGAUCCAAGACAAUAUCCUUAUAGCCUCAGAGGCCUUCCAUUAUCUCAAGCUUAAGAAAAGGGGGAAGAAUUAUGAUAUGGGCUUGAAGCUGGACUUGAAUAAAGCAUAUGAUAGAGUGGAGUGGGGUUUCUUGGAGGUAACUCUGGAAAAGCUUGGCUUUUGUCAAAAAUGGAUUAAGUGGAUUAUGGAGUGUCUUUCUACGGUCUCCUAUACACUUGUUAUCAAUGCUACAAAGGAGAAUUGUGAUGGCAUGGCAUGGAUUCUCAAAGCCUAUUGUGAGGCCUCAGGGCAGCUUGUCAAUCUGCAGAAAUCUAGCAUAAUCUUCAGCAAUAACACUCCAGCUCUAAUCAGGAACCAAGUUGAAAGCUCUCUUCAGAUUGCGGGUGCCACCAAUCCUGGCACAUAUUUGGGUGUGCCUAACUUUUGGGGUAAAUCUAAAUGUCAGGCCAUGAAGUUUAUUCAGGAAAGGAUUCGGGAUAAGCUGCAAGGAUGGAGGCAAUGUCUUCUAUCAAAAGGGGCUCGCAAAGGGGCACGAGCCUCAUGGUCUUGGGAUAGCAUCCUUGAAGGAAGGAAGAUUCUGCAGGAACAUAUAAGGUGGCAAAUCCUUAAUGGAGAAAAAGUUGAUAUUUGGAAGGACAGAUGGGUCCCAGAGCAUGAUAUCCUUAAACAGAAUGGUGAGCCUAUUGGAGGAAAUCUUCCACAAAAAGUAGCAGAGAUUAUGGACAAGGAUGAAAGGCUAUGGAAGCUUGAAGCUAUUAAGGAUGAGUUCAACCCCAAUGUCCUUAACAAUAUUGAGAAGCUUCCCAUUUGUCACAGCACAGAGGAGGAUCGUGUAGUCUGGCCUUACAACAAGGAUAGCUCUUAUUCUGUGAAAUCAGGUUAUUUUGCAAUUAAAAGUCAAGUCCCAAGAAUCUUGUCCUCUUCUUCCUCUUCGCAUCAGAGCCCAGCUGUUGGCCAUUUGAAAAUUAAUUGCGACGGGGCCUUUGAUGAAGACACAGGUGCGGCAGCCUUUAGAGUCAUUGUGAGAGAUUGUAAUGGUCGUAUCAUUGACGGUAUAGCUAAGUCUCUUCUGGUCUCCUCCUGUGUAGAGGCUGAAGCUAUAGCCAUUAAGGAAGCCCUUAAUCUUGCUCAAGAUCGCAAGUUUGACUCUAUUACUGUUGAAACUGAUUCUGAGGUUGUGCUGCGUAGUAUUCAAAGUUUUCCAAAGGACCGUGUUCAUGAUUGGAGAAUCCUUCCUACUGUCAAAGACAUUAAAGAAUCUCUAGACUCUUUUGCAUCGGUGGAGCUAUCCUGGAUUGGUAGAAAAGCAAACUUGGCAGCCAAUUGGGUUGCGACUUCUAUGAGGAAAGGGAUGUGCCCUCUUGACUAG